AUGCUAGCUUCAACAUCAACAUCCACAAUAUCAUAUCCAAAAUCGUUAAAGUUUAGGAUUUUUUUGAAUCCUUUUUUUCAUUUUUCGAUCCAAAAAAAAAAUCCAAAAAUCUCCAGGAAGAAUGCUUUUGGAUUCGAUCCGAUACUAUACAAUAAAUCAGAAAGAAUAUUCAGUCAAACAUCAUCACACCCAAACCAUCACUCAUCAACACGUAAAACAUUAAUCAAGUCAAAUAAUAUAAAUAGUAAUAAUUUUAAUAGUAAUAGUUUCAAUAGUAAUAGUUUCAAUAGUAAUAGUUUCAAUAGUAAUAAUAACAACUUUAAUAAUGUCAACUCCCGUAAUAGUAAUAGGUUCAAUAGAAAUAAUAACAACUUUAAUAAUAAAAUCAGUAAGAAAUUUAAGCAACCACCUGCAUUCAUUAAAUCUUUAGAACAAACAAUUAUAGGUUCAGAUAAUCAUUCAACUCAAAAUCCAAACAGUACACCGUCAACUCAUAACCAAGUUUAUCAGUCCACUCAAGAUGGAUCAAUUAUUCUCACUGCUGUGCAACAAGCUCAAUUAAAUACUUUGUUAAAGAAAUAUGUUCGUAAUGUCAAAAGAAUUUUAUUCUCUCAAGGCCGUUUCAAUUCGGUGCCGUCGAAUUUCCAAAACCGUGGGGAAAAUGUAGUAUAA